AUGAGCAUAGAAAACAAAGUAAAAGAGGAAAUCGUAAAAAACAUUGAAGAAAAAAAUACGAGUAUAAAUGAUAAUACUGUAGUUGCAAAUGAUAAUGGUAAAAAAAAAGAUGUGAAUGGUUCUCACGAAAAGCUUAAAAAUCCCAAAGUAUGCAGUAAUAAUGAAAAAUCGAAUAAUAAUACCACCAAUUGCGUAACUAAAAAUUAUCAAAAGGUUGAAGGUAAAGACGUAGUAAAGGGUGAUCAAAAUUCACAUAAAAUUACAAUUGACGAAACAGGUAAUAACACUAAUAAAAUAGCAAUAGAAGGAAAAAUAAAGAAAGAACAAAAUAAAAAUACUAUGAUUCUAAAUACUGGAAGCAAAAAAGGUAAUAAUACCCAAGGAAAUCUUUAUACGAACAAAAAUGUUAAUAAUAAUAGUGUUAGAAAUAACAACACUAAUAAUAAGAAUAAUGGAUUUUAUAAAAAAAACAAUAAAGAACCAAGUAAAAACACUUUGAAGAAAAAGAAUUCCGAAAGUAAUAAUAAAAACAGUUUAUUAAAUGAAGAGAAAAAGGAUGAUAUUUUAGGAGACAAAAUUAACGAAGAUAAUACGAAGAAAAAUAAAAAAAUAAAUAAAAAAAAGGAAAAACACAAUAAUACAAAUAAUGAGCAAUUAAAGAAAGACAUUGAUGCAGCUAAAGGUAGUGUAAAUAAUAUUACUAAGGUGACAGAUAAUAACAAUGACAAUAUUAAUAGCAAUGAAAAUGAAACGAUUACAACGGCAAUUAGUAUUGAAAGUAACGGCAUUGAAGGAAAAAAUAUUGGGAAAAAAAGUUUAAAAAAAUAUAAUAAUAAAGCACAAGCUAGCAAGAAUAUUUCAACUAGUGAUCUUAAUGUAUGGACACAACAAAUGUCAGAUGGAAAGAAAAAAAAAGGAUUAAAUAUGAAUGAAAAAACAAAAGACAAAAAAAUAAAUUUUCAGAAAAAUAAGAAUACCAAUUUUAAUAAUAACACUAAUCACAAAGUUUAUAAUAUGAAAAAUGGCAAUUUAAAUAAAGAUAGUUUUAAUUAUGCAUCUUCAAGCAUUUUAGCUAAUAAUUUUAAUACAAAUAAUCAAAUAAUUAAUAGUUAUUAUAUGGAUAUAAUGAACAAUUCGAUGGAAAACAACUUUGUGCAAAUGUCAAAUGGAGAAGAUAAUAAAUGUAAUGAUAAAAACAAGCAUGCAUAUUUAAAUUAUAUGUAUAAUCCUUUAGAUGUUUAUAAUUUAAAUAAAUGCUAUUAUUUUCAAUACCCAGAUGCAACAUUUAACAAUAUGAAUAAUUGUGGAUACUAUGGAAAUGAUUCCCAAAAGAACAUUUUAAUGGGGAAUAUGAUGAAACUACAAGGAGCAUACAAUAUGAAUGGUAUGCAUUACAAUAAUUAUAUAAAUAACAUUAGCCAAGCUAGCAAUUACAAUGGAAACAAUAAUAAUGGAUAUAAUACUGUAGGGAAAAAUAAUAAAAAUACAUAUAAACAAAAUUUUUUAAAUUAUCGAUUAAAUAAGCAUAUAUCCUAUGAUAGUGGGAAAAAAAUGAAUAAAGACAAUUCAGAUUUACCACAAAAUAAAAAAGAAAAAUUGAAUAAUAAUAUAUGCAUAGAUCAAGGAAAUAUUGAAAAAGAACAAAAAAGUGUUACAUUAAAUAAAGAGAAAGAGCAAAAUGAUUUAAAUAAAAAUACUUGUAUUAAGAUUAAGAAAAAAUAUACAAAAAAUAAUGCUUCCAUGAAAUCAUCUUAUCAUACGAAUAAUCCUGAUUAUAGAAAUAAUAAUGGAACAGAAAUGCAAUUAAAUAAUUUAAAUGGGCUAUGGAACAUGAAAAUGAAUCGAAACGAUUUAAAUUAUAUGCUCCCUUACCAAAACAUUGUAUACCCAAAUAAUCCAUAUCAUGAUAUUGCAAAUAUGGGAACCAACAUUUAUAGAAAGUAUAAUACCCAUCAAAUACUUAAGACAAAAAACGAAAAUAAAAACAAAAACACUGCAGCAAAUCGUAACAUAGGUGAAAAAUAUGUUAUGAAUAAACAAAAUAAUGCGACACUUAAUGAAAAGGAGAAAAAUGGCCAACAAGAUACAUCUACUGAGAAAGGAAAGAUUCCAAAUUUAGAAGUUAAUAAAGAAAUACAUAAAUUUAUAGAUUAUUGUGUAAAAAAUUAUGGCAAUAAAUAUUUGAUGAAUGUUUUAAAUGAAUUUUCAUCAAAUCAUAUAAACGAUAAUACUGAAGAAUUGAGUAAAAUUUUUAAAAUUAAUAUUAACUCUGAAAAUUUAAAUGCUAUUGCAUCUAUAGAAAAUGAUGAGAAAGAAAAAUUUUCAUUUUUAAGUAAUGAUAAUAAUAUGGAUAAAAAUGUCGAAAAAAAUAUUGAAGAAAUUUUCGAUGAAUCAAACAAAAAUAUUAUAGAAGAUUAUGAUAAGUUAAACAAAUUGCUGAAUGAAAAUAAAAACGAUAAAUCCAAAGAGGAAAACCAAAACAAUAGAAAUGUAGAGGAUACCAAGCAGGAUAAAGAAAUUAGUAAACAAAUGGAUACAGAAAAAAUCGAAAACGAAACUAAAGUAGAUACAUCGUGUGGAAAUAACAUGUUUGUAGAAAACAAUAAAAUGAAUAUUACUAUACCCCCUGGUUUAGGUUUACCAGAUAUAAACAGAGCUUUACUUCAUGGUGCAUAUUUAGAUAAUAUAACUGUUGUGAGAAAAUGUUUAGAAAAAGUUGCUGACAUUAAUUAUUAUGAUAAAAUUGGUAGGAGAGCCUUACAUUAUGCAUGUGCAGGUGGAUAUUAUGAUAUUUGUGAACUGUUAAUAAAAAAUGGAGCUAAAGUAAAUGUAUCUGAUUAUAAAAAUUGGACUCCAUUACAUAUCGCAGUAACAAAAAUGCAUAAAGAUAUCACCGAAUUAUUAUUAAAAAAUAAUGCAAAUAUAAAUGCUUUAUUACCUCAUUCAUUGUCACCAAAUAGAGGGAACACAACAGCUAGUAUGUGCAUACAUUUUGCCGCUAUCAAAGGAAAUAAAGAUAUUACAAAACUUUUGCUUAAAUAUGGAGCAAAGAUAAAUGACACAGAUUUAUCAAAUAGAACAGCUUUGCAUUAUGCUGCAUAUAGAAAUAAUUCAGAUUAUUUAAAAUUUUUAAUUUAUGAUGAAAAAGCAGAUAUAAAUAUAUUUGAUGUACAUAACAGAUUACCAAUACAUUCAGCCUGUUUAGGAGGAGUUUUAGAAAAUGUUAAAAUUUUAGCUAAAAAUAAAAGUUUUAUUCAAAAAAAAGAUAUAUAUAAUAUGAGUCCUUUAGAUAUAGCACGAAUCAAAAAAUUUAAAGAUAUUAAAAAAUUCUUAACAAAAUAUGUAAAUGAAAAUUUUAAUCCAAAUGACCCAAAUGGUUUUCUAAAUGAGAAAAUGGGCCCAAUUAAAGCUGAUAAUGUUGAUGAAAAAAAAGAGUAUGUAAAAAUAAGUGAAUCUGAAAAUAAUAAGAAUGAACAAAACACAUCUAUAGAAUCAAAAAAAAAUGAAGAUAUUGAUAAAAAGGAUAUCGAGGAAGGAACAAAAAAUGCUCAUAGUGAUGCAAUAAAUUCAUUAGAAAUAGUUGAUGAAAAUAAAAUGGAUCCUAAAGAAUUAUAUAAUGAUAAUAAAAUGAUAAAAGACAUUUUAACAACAACUAUUAGUACUAUUUUGAAAGAACGAAAUAAAGAUCAAAUUAAGAGAGUUGUUGAUGCGUUAGGUGUUUAUAUUUCAUUAAGUUUAUUAGAAAAAACCAUUUUGAUACAAAAUUAUGGAGGCAUCGAAUUAGCUAAUAAACAAGGGAAAAGGACAACAGGCGGCAUAUUUUUUUAUUUAAUAAAAUACAUGUACAAAAAUGAUAUUAUAUCCAAGUUUAAAUACGAUUAUAUUGUUGAGGAGGAAAAGGAGAAAAAAAAAACGUACAGAAAAAUAAAGAAGAAAAUAUUACAAGAAGAGGAAAAUGUGAAAGAAAAUAGAAAAACAAAUGUAAAUAUUUCCGAACAUAAUAAUCUUAAUGUUAAGAAAGAUCGAAAAGAAUAUAACAAAAAUAAUGAAAAUAUAUCUACAAGCAUGAAAAAAAAACAAAACAAGAAAAACAACUUUGCACAAAAUGGAAAAAAAAAAGGUAUUUUGAAGAACAAUUCAAAUCAGGGCCAAGAAAAUACUAAUAAAAAUUAUUCCAAGCUUAAAGAAUUGGCUGAAAAAAAUGAUAAAAACGUCGAAGAAAAAAAAAAUAACGUACAAACUCAUAAUGAUAAUAAUAAAUUGGAAUCAAAACCCAGGGUCACAUUAAUUACUACUACCGUUGAUAAUAAUAACAAUAAUGAUAGUAACAAUGGCAAAUUUAACUUAAGCAAUUAUAAUUACACAUUAAAACAAAACAAAGAAUCAAAAACUACGUUGCAUAAUAAUAAAAACAAAUUAAAUGAAUUUGUUGAAAAUAAUGAACAAAAUGAAUCAGAGGUAUCAAAUAACAAAAAUGUGUUUGUUUUAAAUGACACGCCUAUUAGCGGAAACGAGUAUAAAAAGAAAAAGAAAAACAGUAAAAACAAAAAUAAAAACAAUAAUAAGAAAAAUAAAAUGAACCAACAAGCCAUGAAUUUAAAUAACAAUAGCAUAAACAAUAAUACCAAUGAUGCUGCAAAAGGACAUAUGAAACCCCAUUAUGGACAUUUUGUUCAAAAUUCAUAUUACAAUUUUAGAGACUUUCAUGGAAUGCAAAAUGCAUCAAAAAAAUUUUAUCACAUAAAUAAUACUGGAAAUAAAAACUAUAACUUUAACCAUAAUAACAAUUUUAUCAAUGGCAAAAAUAUUAAAAAAACAAAUAAUUUUAACAAGGAUGUUAUGCAUUAUCAGAACAAUUUAAUUUCUUAUUUAUCAAAUUUGCAAAAUGCUGUAUAUGAUUAUAUGGGAAACGAAAAAUAUAACUAUAAUAAUUAUUUAAACAAUCAAAAUAUGCAUUUAAUGAACACCCCAUACAAACUUUAUGGAAAUAAUAAUCCUAAAAUUAUGCUAAACGAAAUGGAUUAUCAUUAUUAUAAUGGCUAUCCAUAA